CGCUAUAGCACGUCCUGAGCUUACUCAGCGAGCUGUGUCACCGCCGGGGAGAGCACGAUUAUCAAGCGUUUUCAAACCUCCUUCCACCAAAAUAACAAUGGAGACUAUCAUUUGGGAGUGUGGCUAAAAAAAUAUCUGCAAUGUAACCCUGAAGCUAAAACAAGAUGACUCAGAUUUUAUAUGGCUUUGAGUCAGACAUAACAGUGUCCUCAUGUUCUCAAAAACAUUAUAGAUGCUCAUUGAUCAAUGCAGAGCUGGAAUCAAAUCACAUUGAGAAUUGUCUUUGUGUUCAUGUCUAUCGGCGAAUACCCAAUAUCUAAAUCACUUUGUGAGAGUGUUUAUCAUGGCUGCCUUCUUGAUAUUGGGCUACGUUUGGAUAUUAUUUACUGUUCUUGUAGAACAAACUAUAGGGCACAGCCUCUUUGCUUGUGAACCUAUCACACUUAGAAUGUGCCAAGAUCUCACGUACAAUUCUACCUUCAUGCCCAAUCUCUUGAACCAUUAUGACCAGCAAACGGCAGCUCUUGCUAUGGAGCCUUUCCAUCCCAUGGUGAAUUUGGAAUGUUCCAAAGAUUUCCGUCCCUUUCUGUGUGCCCUGUAUGCUCCGGUCUGCAUGGAGUACGGUAGGGUUACCCUACCCUGCCGCCGGUUAUGUCAGCGAGCGCACAACGAGUGUGCAAAACUCAUGGAGAUGUUUGGAGUGUCUUGGCCUGAAGAGAUGGAGUGCAGCCGGUUUCCAGAUUGUGAUGAGCCAUAUCCGCGAAUGGUAGAUAUCAGUAUAUCUAACGAACCCAUCGAAGAUGUGCCUCAAGCUGUGCCAAGGGAUUAUGGUUUCUGGUGUCCCAGGGAAUUAAAAAUCGACCCUGAGCUAGGUUACUCCUUUCUGGGAGUAAGAGACUGCUCACCACCUUGCCCACAUAUGUACUUUCGAAGGGAAGAACUGUCCUUUGCCCGCUACUUCAUUGGAGUAAUUUCUAUAGUGUGCCUGUCAGCCACCUUGUUUACUUUCUUGACAUUUCUAAUUGACGUUACGAGAUUCCGUUAUCCCGAGAGACCUAUAAUAUUUUACGCUGUCUGCUACAUGAUGGUUUCAUUGAUUUUCUUCAUUGGGUUUUUACUAGAGGAUCGAGUAGCAUGCAAUGGGUCCAGCCCAGGCCAAUACAAAGCAUCGACUGUGACACAGGGAUCUCAUAACAAAGCAUGCACUAUGUUAUUUAUGGUCCUGUAUUUCUUCACCAUGGCUGGAAGCGUUUGGUGGGUCAUUCUUACCAUCACUUGGUUUCUAGCGGCUGUUCCUAAAUGGGGAAGUGAAGCAAUUGAAAAGAAAGCACUAUUAUUUCAUGCUAGUGCAUGGGGCAUCCCUGGAACCUUAACAAUUAUCCUCCUUGCCAUGAACAAAAUUGAAGGGGACAACAUUAGUGGCGUCUGCUUUGUUGGUCUUUAUGAUGUAGACGCCUUAAGAUAUUUUGUGCUUGCCCCUCUCUGCCUCGAUGUUGUAGUUGGGGUGUCUUUACUGCUGGCCGGUAUUAUUUCCUUGAACCGGGUACGGAUUGAAAUUCCUUUAGAGAAGGAGAACCAGGACAAACUUGUGAAAUUCAUGAUCCGGAUUGGAGUAUUUAGUGUUCUGUACCUUGUUCCUCUGUUAGUGGUGAUUGGUUGUUAUUUUUAUGAGCAAGCAUACCGAGGUGUUUGGGAGACCACGUGGAUACAAGAGCGUUGUCGAGAGUAUCAUAUUCCUUGUCCUUAUCAGGUGACCCAAACAAGUAGACCUGACCUUAUUCUAUUCCUGAUGAAAUAUCUCAUGGCUCUUGUUGUUGGAAUACCAUCUGUGUUCUGGGUUGGAAGUAAGAAGACCUGCUUCGAAUGGGCCAGCUUCUUCCACGGACGUAAGAAAAAAGAAGGUGUGAAUGAAAGUCGCCAGGUUCUCCAGGAGCCAGAUUUUGCCCAGUCACUUCUUCGAGAUCCAAAUACACCCAUCGUCAGGAAAUCACGAGGGACCUCCACUCAGGGAACUUCCACUCAUGCUUCUUCAACCCAACUGGCUAUGGUGGAUGACCAGAGGAGCAAAGCAGGCAGCGUACACAGCAAAGUGAGCAGCUAUCAUGGCAGUUUGCACCGCUCACGAGACGGAAGAUAUACUCCAUGCAGCUACCGAGGCAUUGAAGAGCGUCUCCCUCACGGCAGUAUGUCGCGUCUCACAGACCACUCCAGACAUAGCAGCACUCACAGACUCAAUGAACAAUCUCGCCAGGGAAGCAUCAGAGACUUGAGCAAUCCUCUCGCUCAUAUUACACACGGUACAAGCAUGAAUCGGGUUAUAGAAGAGGACGGCGCCAGUGCCUGAGGAAGAGCAGAAUUGUGAAUAACCAAGGACCUCAUUUGCAAAGCACUAAACUAAUGCUGGAUCUGCUGAACCAAUCUCUGUUUUCUGAUUGGUCACUUCUGCGUUCCCUGCGCACAGAAGUGGAAUCAGUGUUUCAAUAAUACUUUUUUUGCAUUAUCUGCUGCUUUUUUGUUAUGCGUUGUUUUGUGGUAGACAACUUGACUUUUAUUUUUAUUUUUGUAUUAUUUAUCUUGGCUCCAAGCUAAUGAGCAACAGUGACUGCACAAGAGUCAAGAUUUGCGAAGAAAAUGACUCUUGAUUUUAUCCAAAGCUGUAAAAAGGGAUAUUCUGUUGGUUGCACUUGCAACUUUUAUUUCAGUAACUUCACUGGGUUUAGUACUUUCAUUUCAACCCAGUCAUCUAAAAAAUAGAGUAUUGAUGAAGGAUCAAUGAAAUGCCAUAAUGAUUGUUACAACUUCACGUUGAGGUUUUCCUUUUAUUUGUUUGUUUUUUCUAAACAAAAAUGAACUAUUCGCUAAUCUACUUAAUAGUUCACUAGAGCCUAUGCUUUGUUUAAUUUUUUGUUGUAGUAUACAUCUUCCAAGCUGUAUCAGUCGUUACUCGUAGCAACAUGUCCCCCAGUGUUAUCCGUACUUUAUACUUACUGGAAAUACACAGUUUUGCCUUGUGUGAUCUACAAGUUGACUAACUGGCUGGAUCUCUUAUGACAGAUGUUGGUUAGUUGGUCAGAGCCAGUUCUUUAGUUCAUAAUAUCUGUAUUUUCUACAGUAUUAAAGGGACAGUCAAGUCCAAAAAACUUUCAUGGUUCAAACAGGGCAUGUAAUUUUAAACAACUUUCCAAUUUACUUUUAUCACUAAUUUUGCUUGUUCUCUUGGUAUUCUUAGUUGAAAGCUAAACCUAGGAGGUUCAUAUGCUAAUUUCUUAGACCUUGAAGACUGCCUCUGCAUUUGACAGUUUUUCAUCAAUAGAGGGCGUUAGUUCAUGUGUUUCAUAUAGAUAACAUUGAGCUCAUGCACGUGAAUUUACAGAGGAGUGAGUACUGAUUGGCUAAAUUGCAAGUCUGUCAAAAAACUGAAAUAAGGGGGCAGUCUGCAGAGGCUUAGAUACAAGGUAAUCAAAGAUGUAAAACGUGUAUUAUAACUGUGUUUGUUAUGCAAAACUGGGGAUUGGGUAAUUAAGGGAUUAUCUAUCUUUUUAAAACAACAAGAAUUCUGGUGUUGACUGUCCCUUUAAAGCAAAGAUUUAUUAAUCAUGAGGGGAAAAAAACAGCUUAAUUUGACCUAGUUUAAAGUGAUGGUAAACUCACUUAAGUUAAUUUACAUA